AAAGCUAUCCUACCACUAUAUACCCUAGAUUAAACAGAUAUAUUUAAAGUGUUCGUGAACACAGGUGUAUCAUGAGGGUGUAUACUAGUCUUCAAGAUAUAACACAAGAAUAAAGGGGUGUUGAAGAACUUUCUCAAAUUUUGGAUAACAGUUUGCAUUGCAGUAGUCCAUUUGUCAGUCAACCUAAUGAUAAGUAAACGAAAUAUCUCCCCUCCCUAUUCACACGUCAAACAGAAUUAUCUCUGACCCAAACUCGCAAAUGUUUCUGGUUGGUUGAAAAGUAAGCAUAUAUGUUGUUGUUGUUGCUUUUAUCCAAUCGAAAUGAGGACUAUGGAAUGAACGCUGUAUCCAGUCCUUUUAUAUAAAGGUCAAUCUACACUCAAGGAUUUCAGUUGUGUUGCGCUUAACUGUAAAAUAAGGAUGUCUACAAACUGCAUAACACGCCUAUCACCACUUCGAAGGACGUCAGUAACUAGAAGAAAACGUAGCCAUGUGUUGAAGUCAUCCAGAGGAUUACAUAAAUAUGCUCGAAGUAGAACACGUUCCCAAGUAUCAUAUUGUGAUAAUUACCUAAAGCCUCAUCAAAUUGAGUGUGAACGACUCAAAGAAAUUCUACCAAGUGUAGCAAAUUGUGAAAAGUUAGAUGAGGUGAAAAUUAUACAAGAGGCAAUUAAACACAUCGAUUACCUGGAACAAGCUGUUCUCCAACGAUUGAAUAUAAUCAACAUGGAGACCUCGAUAGAGACCAGUGCUUCCAACUCAUCCUCCUUACUACCAACAUUCAUCUUUAAAUUACUAUCCAGUCGUGGCAAUCGAUCGAAGUCAGUAACAAGGAAGAAUCUUCACCUGAACACAUUUCAAACUGCUUCAAAUCAUAACAGUCAACUAAUCAAUAAUGACAAUGUACACAUUCAAUCUAAUGAUAGUGUUUCAUCAAAGGCAUAUGAUUUUUUAAAUUCCAGUGGGAGUACACCAUACCAAACAGAUGAGGAUAUUGACCAGUGUGGAUGAAGUUAGAUUAUGCAAAAUAAUUGCCUUCCAUUGAUAAAUUUGUAUAAAUCCAGAUAUUCAAAUUCUGGGGCUCUGUAAAUAUUAAGGAAUAUCAUUGGCAUUGAACAGUUAAAACAAUUCGACUGACUACAUAAGAGUGAACAUGACAAACUGUAAAUAUAUAAUUGUGUAUAGUAGUGAUAAUAGUUGAUUGAUUCAAAUAUUGGAAAGAGAUAUUUUGAUAAAUUAUUGGUGACUUUUCUUCUCUGUAAAUAAACAUUGAAUUACAUAAA